AUGGCUGAGAAUGUAAAUCCUGAGGCAAGACUAGCGCUGUUAUGCAGACGCCUGGGUAAUCUACGGACUGAAAUAGAAGCUCCACAGAAAGAUUUAAUGGUGUCAAAGGAAAAGCUGACUGAAUGCAGCCUCUCAGUUUUUGGAAAGCUUUACACAAGCUCCAAUAUCAACUAUCAGGCGUUCCUUACAACAAUGAAGAAAGCGUGGAAGGUAGAUUCAGUUUCUCUUACUCAAUAUGAAUCGGGUAUCCUGUCCUUUACUUUCAGUAACGACUUGGACAAAAACAGAGUUCUAGAAAAUAGCCCGUGGUCCUUUGCAAGCAACCUCUUGAUUCUCACCCCCUGGGUACCCAACAAACCCCCUCACUGUUAUAAAUUUACUUCGUGUGCGUUCUGGGUCCAAGUUCAUGGACUUCCAAUGGAAUGGUGUUCGAUGGAGAUGGUCUCUUAUGUUACCCAGAUUCUGGGCGUUGUUCAAGAGGUGAAAAUAGAGAAGAAAGGAGCUGCAUUUCAUAGAGUGGGCAGAGCAAAAGUGGUCUUGAACCUGGACUCGCCGUUAAGUCCAGGGAUUUUUAUUACGCUAGAAGAGGAGAAAAUCUGGCUGGACUUUAAAUACGAGCGGCUGCCUCGGUUUUGUUACUCUUGUGGUAAAAUAGGGCAUUAUACAACUAAUUGUCCUGUUAUUCCCUACGAUGAAGCAAAGAAUGGUGACCAUUGCUCAAGUAAAUUUGGGCUUUGGCUCAAAGCAGAAGCACGGGAAUCGAGCCCUUUCUGGAACAUCUUCUAUGAUGAGGCUGGGGAUGUCUUUGAGGGCAUGGAGGAGGAUGAAAUACUACCAGAAACCCCACUGCAAAGCACCCAAAAUGUCUGUCCUGAGAAAGAAAAGAAUGUUGAGAUUGAAAAAGGGGCUAGAAGUGGCCAGGAACCUCCUUUUGCUGUGGCAACAGCAAGUGCUCGGGGGAAGCAGCUGGCUUUACGUAGCAAGGAGGUGAGGACUGAUGAGUGUGAUUGUUUUGGGCAAGCUACAGAUUGGUCCAAACUGAAUAAUCCUUCGAAUCUGAACAAGACCCUCAAAGGACCUUUGACUAAGAAGUUAAAGAGGAACAACCCCUAUAGCUCACUUCCUCAGGAGCUCAACUUGUUGGAAGAAACACAGCUACAAGAUACCCCAAUUAGGAUUUCUGAUGAAUCUGCUGAAUGGGCUUUGGUGGCUAGCCCGAACAAGCCACCGGGUUACAAAUGA